AUGCCAACUAUGAUCGGUCGGUCAAGAAAACCCAUCUUUGCUUUCCUCAGAGACCGCCUGCAUAAGCGUGUUUUAGGAUGGAAAGAGCGAUUCUUAUCCAAGGCGGGUAGAGAGGUCCUUAUCAAAUCCAUUGCUCAAUCUAUACCGACGUAUAUAAUGAGCUGUUUUGUUUUACCUGUUUCUUUCUGUGCUGAGAUGCAGAGUAUCAUUUCCAAAUUCUGGUGGAGUGGUACAGAUGAUAAACGAAAGUUCCCUUGGGUCAGUUGGAAUACGAUCUGCAAGUCUAAAAAGGUUGGCAGCCUUGGGUUCAGGAAUCUGCGUGCGUUCAACUUGGCUAUGCUAGCUAAACACGCGUGGCGUCUGAUUCAGAAUCCGGUCUCUCUCUGUGCCAGAGUUUUUAAAGCGAAAUACUACCCUAAUGAUGUGUUUUUGCGUGCUACACCUAGGCGGGGUGCUAGCUUUGUUUGGCAAAGCAUUAUGGAAGGGAAGAAAGUUAUUGAUUCGUGA